AUGCCCUCCAUCCUCACCGAAGCUGACAAGGAAACCGUCAAGCGGAAUGUCCCCAAACCAGCCAAUAAGAUCCUCGCUGUGGCUGUCGCGCGACUCUAUGUCGCCUACCCGGAUAACCAGCGAUGGACAUACACCGGAAUCCAAGGGGCGGCGGUACUCUGCAAUGAUCUCGUAGGACGGACAUUUUGGCUGAAGGUGGUCGAUAUCUCGCCUGCCGCAAGGGGAGUGAUCUGGGACCAGGAGAUCUUUGAUAACUUCUCUUACAACCAAGACCGUACAUUCUUUCACACGUUCGAACUCGAACAAUGCCCCGCUGGCCUGUCUUUUGCCGACGAGAAGGAGGCCAAGACCUUCAUCAAGAAGGUGCAUGACCGCGAGGAUAAAGCGAGCAAAGAAACCAAACACACCCCGUUUGCCUCCUCUCGAGGGCAGGGUCCGGCACCUGUUACCAAUGGGAAAGCUAGCCGAUCCCUGUUCGGCAGCUUGCUGCAUCGCGGACACUCGAAUGCAAGCGCCGCACCCCCAGCGCCAGCAGCGCCAGCGCCGUCAAUACAAGUCGCUCCGCCGCCACCAGCCCUGCCCCCGACUGCCCCUGCGGCCAUCCCAGCGGCCACCCCAGCAGCCAAGGGUGACCUGCCGUUUGACACGAGCGAUCCCGAGUGGGCUGGACUACUAGGGGAACUCAAGCAGAUGGGGAUCACAGAAGACCAAAUUGCGGAUAAUUCAGACUUUAUCAAAGCAUGGAUCGAUCAGAAGCAGAGUGCAGCGGCCGAACCAUCUGCCACUGGCAGGGCACCACCACCGCCUCCCCCGGCUGCUCCCAAAACAAAUGCCAUCAGUCCUCAACCCACAGGAGCCAGCGCUUCAAGGGGGCGUGGCCCUCCACCGCCACCUCCAUCACGGAAAGCCCGUCCUGAGGCGCCAGAGGAGCCGGCCUCCCCGCCUCCACCUCCUCGGGAACCAUCCCCCCCAGUUCGCAGAUUUAACGCACCUCCUCCUUUUGCAGAUGCUGGCAAAUUUGUUGAAGCUCCGGGCCCCGCGCUUCCAAAACGUCUGCGAGCCAAUUCAGGAGCCAAUGGACCUCCACCGCCACCACGGCCGCCGAAGACUCCUGCGGAUGAUAGUGCACCCCGAUUCGGAGUUCCACCUCCUUUCUCGGGCGAUCGUAAGGUUUCAGCACCACCGGCGCCGCCCAGCCGCAGCCCAGCUCCUCCGGGUCCCCCCCUCCACCACCGCGAGCUCCAGCUCCGGCUCCGGCAUCACACCCACCCCAAUUGCCGCCCAAGGUUCCCACAGGCACUCCAUCUGGACCUCCGCCCCCUCCACCUGCUCGAGGCCCUGCUUCGCCGCCUCUACCACCUCCGCCGCACCAAGCACCGGCUGCGCGACCUGUCCCUCCUCCGCCCGCCUUCCCGGCAGCACCUGCUCCAUCUGCGCCAGCCGCUGCUCCUCCUGCAGCACCACCCCCUCCACCCAGAGGACCUGUCUCACCUCCACCGCCACCACCUCCAGCGCCUACAGCUUCCACGGGCGGCCCUCCUCCACCGCCACCCCAAGGGGGCGCUGCUAUUCCUCCUCCGCCGCCGCCUCCUGGACGCAGCGGGCCUGCAGCACCGCCUCCCCCUCCCCCUCCCGCGCCAGGCGCUGGGGCUGUGCCUCCACCUCCUCCACCGCCUGGUGCAAGUGGUGCUCCUCCGCCACCACCCCCGGCUGGUGGAGCAGCUCCGCCUUUACCUAAAGCUAGUGGUGGACGGGACGAUCUGCUGGCCUCUAUCAGAGCAUCUGGAGGCUCAGGCGGUGGUCAAAGCCUCUGAGAAGAAAGACCGAAGUGCUGCUAUGGUGCCGGGAGGUGCUGCGGAGUCAUCUGCUGCAGCUUCCAGCACUCCAAGCGGUCCACAAGGUGGCCUGGCUGGUGCGCUGCAGGAUGCACUGAAGCAGAGGAAGCAGAGGGUUAGCGGAAGUGAUGAUGAGAAGGACGACGAUGAUGAUUGGUAA